AUGCGACGCUCCAGCAGCAUGCGACGCUCCAACAGCAGGAUUGUAGAGCCCGAGGGUUCGGACCAUCUACAGCUGCAGGCCAUGUGGGUCGUCAGCGUCGCAGAUGUGUUGCAGAUCUGUGGGCCACCCACGGUGCACGAAGAGCUCCGCGCCGCAGGAAAGGGCACGUUGCCCGGGCAGGCAGAUUUGGUGACGCAGUUUUACCUUGGGGAUCGCCGCCUCUCUCCUCAGGAGCGAAGUGCCCUGGCACAGGGCCAUGUAUGGAUGGACUGGUUCAGCAUUCCGCAGGUGCGCGGCAGAACCAAAGAUCGGCGUUCUUCGGUGAGGUCCAUCCAUGGUCCCUCCACUCAGACAUUCGGCCUCCAGAAAGCUUUGCGACUACGAGUCCUGGCUGGAGCGGGGUUGGCCGAGCUUUGGUGUGCCCAGCUGUCCAACAGAGCGGACUUGCCCAUGGUGGUGGUGCACGCAGGGGAUGACGCCGAGGUCGCAAUGGCCAACCAUUGGAUCUUUGCACCUGCGCACGAGGGAGUCUUCACCGUGGAUGCCGACCGCCAUGAAGUCAUUGACUUCAUCGAGACGGCCCUGCGUGGACGCAUUGCAUUUCUCACGAAGCACAAGCAGCAGGUGGACUUGUCCCGGUAUCUCAAAGCCAGGUUGCAGGAUUGGCUUGGACUCCCCGAUGCCCAACGCCCGCCAGCUUCCUUUCUGUCCCACUUCGGCUUCGCCGAUAUGAAGGAAGCCAUCCGGACAAGGGCCGUGGGCGGCAUGGCCUGCGCUGCUUUAUCGGGUGAUGUGUCCAUGGUACGAGCACUUGCCGACGCAAAGGCCUCCAUGAGCACCUUCUGCCACCCCAUGUUGUCUGUUGGCGUCAUGGAGUAUCCGCCCUUACACCUUGCCCUGGCACGUGGUGCCCGGGGUCACGCCGUGGUGCUGGAGCUGCUGCGCCAGAGAGCCGACCCCAACACAACCUGCCGCUUGGGUCUCCCGUGCCUUGGAAGUUGCCGUGAUGCAGCUUCCGUUGAGAUUCUGGUGCGGCAUGGUGCGGAUGUGAACUGGCGAGGUGGGAAGGUGUGGGUCACCCCUCUCGGCUAUGCUUGCUCCAAGUUGGCACCUCUGGAAGUUACCAAGAAGCUGGUGGAACAGCGGGCAGAUGUCAACUUGUCCACGACGCCCCUUUUAAAUCUGGCUCUUUUUAGCAGGACUGUCCCGAACUUCGCCGUGAGCACUGCGCACGUCUUGCUCCAGGCUCGUGCGGACGUCAAUCGGCCGGAGCGUCUCGUGGGCCUCUUCCGUGUCCUGGAGAUUGUGGGCAGAGUGCAGUUAUGCUUCAGGAGACGCAGCCAAGUAAGCCGGCUCUUCUAUGUGUAUGGGGAAGGCAGCACGACCCCCCUCGGCUGGGCAGCUACUUCGGACAACGCGACUCUGAUGAAAUUCCUCCUGUCGGCCAAAGCUGAUCCAGAUAUUCCCAAUCGUCGUGGCCACACUCCCAGACAACUGGCAGUAGAUGCUCACGUUCGCAGCGUCUUCGCAAGCCACCAACCGGCCGUUUUCAAUCACGUCCCUGGCAAGGGUGGCGGGAAUCUUACGCAAUGCGCUUCGCAGCUCGAAGAUGAUGAUGCCGACAUCUUGUCCUUGUGA